AUGUUCUCAUCCUUCAACAGUUGCUGGGUACGCUACAUUAAGUGUACGCGGGAACUACGACGGAGUAGGAUGAAGUGUCGUUUGACGUUCUUAAAUUUACUUCACUUAUUAAUAUUCGUGCAAUGUGAACUGUUUUGGAAUUUCCCACGUAAUUCAAGGGAAGUUUUUCAUGCGUAUGUGAAUGAAAAAGCACAUAAUAUACAAGUAUUUCCGUCAAUUCAAGUUAAACUAACUAAUGAUUCAAAACUAUGUUCCAUCUCAUUACUAUCAUCUGGCAGAAAUAGUGUUCCUAACUUUAUUCAUGGUAAUGUUUUAAACCAAGAGAAAGGAUAUGGUUAUUUAACUUUCAAUGAAACAUCAUAUCGUCAUGCUAAAAGUUUGGGUAGUUUAGAAGCUAGAACAGGAUUUUAUCAUUUGAAAAUAAUAGCUGAAGACUGUUCUCAUCCAACAAAGUCGACAAAAUCUUGGCCAAUUACAUUUGAACAUAUUCAAUCUGAUUUACCAAUUUGGUCUAAAACAAAAUAUGCAUUUGAAAUAGAUUCAUUACAUAGACCAGGUCAUGAAGUUGGUAAAGUGACAGCAUACACAUCAGCUAUAAAUAUGACAGAAAAUGAUAAUUUUUUAUACGGUGAUGAUACCGGUAUGUGCGCCUAUACAAUACAAGAUCCAAGUUAUUCAUUCGCAAUUGAUGGGCACGGUGUUAUCCGAUCUUCAAUAAGAUUUAAUAAUCAUACAGAUAUGUUAUAUGAAUUCAAUGUAACUGGAUUCGAUUGUCAUCUUCCAAUACCGUACAGUUCUACAGUACCGGUAACAGUUUAUGUAAAAGCAGUAUGUGUAUCACAAUGGAAUGGUAUCCCUAAAGAAAUUGAGUAUUCUGCAUUAUCAAAUCCAUAUCCAUUUGCAUUGAAUGCGAAAUUUUUAAUAUGUCCACAAAUCAAUAAUAAUUUUACUCAUCUUAUUAAUACUGAUAAUGAUGAUACAAUGAAUGAUAGCUCUGAUCAUUUAAGUGAAGGAAUCACUGAAUAUGAUUAUUGUCCAAUAGAACAAGUAACAAUACGUAUGAAAAUUUUAUGGAGUAAAGAAGAUAUUAUUAUAAAUGAUGAUCAAACUAUUCAACCAUCUUCAUCAUUAUCAGCAGCAACAACAACAAUAGAAUCUUCUUCUUCAGAAUGUGAUUUGGAUUAUUAUUCAAUAAUGGCUAAUCGUAAAACAUGCAUCGAUUCUUCUCAAAGUAAAACUAUCGAUCUAUUACCAGAUAUUGAUGAACAACAACAAUUUAAUCAAAAUAAUCAUAUCAAUUUACCGAUUAUUGAAACCAUUCAAGGAUUAAAUGAAUUGCCCAAAAUCAAUAAAAAAGGUUAUCCAUCUGGUAUUUAUUAUUUUAAUGGUUCCAUGCAUUUUGAUUUAAACAAAUUUCAUAAAUUUCAUAAAUUACAACGAUUUGAUAAUCAAUUAUUUACAAUCAAUUUUUGGAUGAAACAUUCACCAAUAUUUAAUAAACAAUAUAAUGAGAAGAAUUUACUGAAUAAUCGGGAGAAUAUUUUAUGCAGUUCCGAUGAAUAUGAAAAGAAUCGGCAUCAUUUUGCUGUGUUUCUGCACAAUUGUAAACUGGUUGUAUUGAUACGUCGUGAACCAACCAAUGAAUCCACCCUAUAUUCUGAUUCGUCUCAAUUACUUCCAUCUCAAUGGCGUUUCGAUGUCGACGAAGUAUGCGAUUCGAAUUGGCACCAUUAUUCGUUGACCUAUCGUCCACCAGAAACGACACUUGUAAAUGGACAAAAGACACUUGCAUCCAACUCAGAAAGUGAUAUUGAAUUACAAUUAUAUUUGGAUGGAAGAUUAGUACCAAAUAAUCCUGAACUGGUGCAAAUUGCUGAAAAUAUGCCUAUGGUACAUUUAUCUGUUAAAAAUCAUGAAUUUGUUCGUACUUCAGUUGGCGCUUGUUGGCAUGGACGUAGUGCUCAAUUCGCUCAACAUUUUGUCGGUUAUCUUGCUGGUUUAACCUUUACAAAUGGAUAUAUUCAAUCAGAUGAGGAAAUACUUUGUCUGACCAACUGUGAACCACGUCUAAUUAUCAACGAUCCAACAUCAUUCAGUUCAAACACUAAUCGUUUCGAUACAACAAAUAUUCGUAAUUCUCAUUUGAAUAGUAUCAUUAUUCAAGCUAAAAGUUUAAAUGAAUUAUCGAAAAUUCUAAGAAAUGUGACAUUUUACAAUCCAAGAUUACAAUAUAAACCACGAUAUCGACCGGAACCAGUGGCUAUACAAUUAAAUACUUUGUUUGCAUAUGCAACAGAUUGUGAAAUACCCUCAACAUUUAAUCAAGUAAUUCUAAUUAGUCCAUUACCUCCAACUAAACAAACAUUAAUUUUACUUGAUACAUUGAAUUCAAAUAUUCGUACGGAUCGAUACCUUCAUAGGCGGUACCAUAGUCAUAAUCAAUCAAGUCACGGUUAUCAGCAAUCAAAUGUUCAUCAAACGACAGAAAAACAACAACAAUUCCAUGAGUAUGAACAGAAACAUGAAAAAGAGAUCCCUGAAAAACUGUCUACCAUUAAGUUACCAGCUUCUACUCAACUAAACCAAUCGAUACGUCAGUCAUUCGAUGAAAUAUCAACAUCAUCAUCAAUCAAUUCACUAGUACUGUUUAAUACAGAACAAUAUGAACAUAUGAACAAGACAUUCACAUCGAGAAAUGUCACAUUAAGUAGUUUAUCUAGUGGAGUCUAUAUAUUUCCAUACAUAACAAUCAUGUGGAAGACCCCAUUGGAACUGUUGAAUUCACAUAAUACAUCUUCAGAAUUUGAGCAAACAAUUUCAUCAUGUACAAUUAAUUUAUGCAAAAGUGAUUCAUUCAAUAUUGUAGACAAUAUUCUGUCUAUUUCAGAAUAUAUUUUGUUAAAUCCUAAAUAUAUCAAAAAUGAUAUAAAAAUAUAUCAACGUUCAAAUGGAUUUCUUAUUCAUGGUAAUUCCGGUGUAUUAAGUUAUAUGAAUGCAUUGAAACAUAUUCAAUGGUUAUGUAAAGAUGAACAAACUAAUUUAACUAGACGUUGUUUUAAUGUAUCAUGUGAAGCUAUAAUUCAAAUCUAUGAAAAAGAUCAAUUCAUAAUAAGAAAAAUUCAUAGCAAUACUAUACAAUCUGAAUUUAAUAUUUAUCAUGAAAAAUCAUCACAGCCGUCGGUUAUUCCAUCGAGCGUACAACAGCAUUCAACAACACUAUAUUUGAGAGGAAAACCUCGUCUGGUAAAUAAAAGGGAUAUAAAUAACCUUCAGCCGGCUAUUCAUUUACACAAUAAAACAAGCACUUGGAGUAAGGGUAUUUUAUUACUUAUCACCUCUUCAAUUAUAGCAAUUCUCUUAAUAUUAUUUGUUGCUAUGAAACGAAUUCAUCGUGUUUAUUUAAAAUCGGAUCAGUUUGAAUCAAAAAUUCAAAAUUUUCAAAUAACAUCAUUUGAUCAUAUGAAUUCAUUAAAACAAAACUAUUUAAUAAAACAACAAAUGAAUAAAUUACAAGAUGGAAAACAGUUAGAAACUAGUGCGGAAAAAUUAAGAAAUUCAAAAUUGAAUGAUUAUAAUUCUCAAACGAUAAUAAAUCAUCAUCAACAGCAACAACAACAACAAUAUGAAAAUGAACAGAAGGUUCAAUCUAUACGAAUUACCCCAAAUCCAUUUAUGAAUCAAUCUAAUAUGAAAGAAUAUGAAGCCAAAACUAUUUUAUUGGAUGAAAAACGUUAUGAUGCCUCUUUGAAUAUGUCAUCAUCAAUAUAUAACAAUAAUAAUAAUAAUAAUAAUCUUAAAAGUGGAUCAUCAAUUGUAUGUAAUCCAACAAUUCAAUUAUAUGAAAAUCCAUUAAGAUCUGAUGAAGAAGAUGAUGAUGAUUUUCAAUGUUCAUGCAGUGAAAAUGAUACUGAUGAUCAUAUAACUUUAAAUAAUUAAUUCAAGAAAGAAAAGAAUCUAAAUGAAUUUAAGAAAGAAGAAGUUGAUGAAGAAGAAGAACAACAACAACAACUCAUAUAAGACAACAGUUAAACAAAAACAACAUGGACACAUUGAAUUUCUUUACUCUACUCAUUUAUUUCUAAUAAUUAUGAUAAAUAAUCUUUAUAAUGGCAUUUAGUUUAGUCUUAUCUUUCACAUUCUUGUUCAGUCAAUAUGUUUACUUUAUUAUUGAUUCAUUUUAUUGAUUAAGUUAUUUAUCAAAAUUUUUUUUUCUUUUUCAAUAUGUUCUCUUAUCGGUGAUCUUUGUCAUAAAAAGGGAAGAAAAAAAAUUUUCUUUUUCAUCAUUUAUUAUUUGCACUUUAUACCCCCUACCCCAUCACCACCCAUACCCUGCAUUAACUCACAUAUUACAUUUUUGCACUGUUUACAAUAUUUUGGUAAUCAUAGUCAUACAUAAUGAGUUUCAAAGUACAUUCACUACCUGUAUGGCAUUUAUUCGUUACUUAAAAGAACUAAUUUUUUUUUCCAUUUUGCUGGGGGGGGAGGUCUGGAUGUUCUUUCGAUAUAAUUUUUAAUUAGUAUUAUUUAUUUUAAUCGUACUUUUAUUCAUGAAUUUAGUUGUCAAAUUGUUUAGUAUUUAGUUCACUAUCCUAUACAUUUUCAUCAUAUCAUCAAAUAUAUAUAUAUAUAUAUAUA